GCGACGACGACUCACACCUACAGGCCGCGAUGGGCCCUGCGUGCUGCGAUCGCCCUCGCCCUCACAUGCAUCGCUUGGACGCAGGCGAGGACGCUGACACUGACCCCGCAGUUGCAUCCUCGAGCUCAGGCCAUGAGGGGGGCGACUGUCGCUCGGCCUCCCGCAGUGGAGGCAGCCGCGGUGUGCGCCCCGCCCGACCCUCGGAUGCUCACAUGGCUGCUCCCCGUCGCCUUCGCCGUGCUGGCCGUGCUCGGGGCUCAGGCUGGGAUGUCCCGCCGCCUGCUGCUGCCGCCGCUUCACAUCGAGGCCCUGACCCUGCUGCAAUUGGAGCAGCACGCUGCAUUCACUCGUGCAUUCUACCACGCAGAUAUCGUUGCCCGCUUCAACCAGCUCCGCGGAGAGUUGGAUCACAUCGUUUCGACUGCCGUCUCGUCCACUGUUCAGCGCACCAACGGCCCGACCCUUGCCACGUUCGCCACGCUCACCCGACAUAUCGAGGACCCGGCAAAGCAGUUCGACCAGCAGAUCAUGGGCACCACGAGGCCGACUUUGGAUCGGCUUCAGCGUGAACUGCAGGAUCAACGCGAUGCCUUGUCCCAGAGAGUCGAGUCGAAUGAGCAGGCCACCGAGGGUCACGCCACCCAGCUCGCCGACCUUCAGAAACAGGUGCAGGAACUUAGGGACCAAGCCUCGAUCGAUCGGAAGAUGCCGUCGCGCCCGCCUGCACUCCCUGGCUUCGAUCGCGAGGUGGGCCCGACUCAGCUCGUCGUCGUCUCUACUAAGCUUGUUUGCAUCGCAUCGGUCCGAGAGACUGUCAAUAAUUUCCUCGGCGAGCUCAACUUCUCCGAGAAUGAGGGCUACACGAUCAAGGCCCUGUCGCCUCUGCCACCUAUGAAGUUCUCGGUCAGCUUCUCGUGGGCAGUGGGCCUCGCCACGCGCCGCGUCCAGAAAGCUCUCGGGUGCCUCAAGUCU